AUGGAUUCGGUAAAUAUGACCCACGAGUUGGCCAUUCAGGCAAAUGAGACGUUAAAAGAAUUGCUUGAGUUCGAGGACGCCAUCGAAAUGGUGAACAUGUCGUCGCCGUCGGACACGAUCUUCGCCGCCCUCGAGUUCUCCAAAAUGUUUCAUUACGUGAUGGCUGUGUUGGGUAUCAUCGGUAACCUAUUGAUAAUAGCCAUUUACAUUAAGUUUGCUCGCAUCCGAACCGUCACCAUUACCUACAUCUUUAAUAUUGCCAUCUCUGACCUGUUAUAUGUCAUAACGGUUCCAGUAUUUCUUAUAUCAAUUUGGAACAACUCGUGGCCUUUCGGUGACCUUAUGUGUCGUUUGUUGCUAUCGAAAGGAGCUGUGCAUCGGUUCGCCAGCUCGUUGUUCCUGUUGGUAGUGGUUGGAGACACCUAUCUGUCCAUUUUGAAGCCUACGCUAAGCCAUACGCUAUACAAGAAGUCAUAUAACGUCAAACUAAUAACCGUUUUCACUUGGAUUGUAUGCAUAGCUAGUGUUGUGCCCGUGUUUUAUCACGCGUCCAUAUAUCACGUGCCCAACACUGAUAUCAAUCAUUGUGACCUAUUCUGGACGGGUCCGAGUCGUGAGCACUACAUCUGGUUUACCAUUAUUUUGGCCUUUCUUUUACCAACUAUUUUGAAGUUAUUAUUAGCAAUACCCAUCAUAUACCAACUGUCGGGCAGUGGUACCGUUGAAUCCAAUGGCCAAUACUUACCAUUUGCUGAACGCAACAAACGAUCGGCACAUUUGGUACUAACCGUAACAUUGUUUCACAUAGUCUUUUGGUUACCACUUUGGGUUAGCCUAAUCAGUAUAAACCUAAUGCCGGUCACCGAACAACCCGACACGUCAUCCAUACUGUUUCAUAUGAUCAGUGGCUGCAUAGGUAUGGUUAACACUGUAAUCAAUCCCAUACUUUAUAUCAAAUUAAGUCCCGACUUCCGCAAUGGUUUGCAUGACUUAAUCACUUGCAUACCGGAGAGCCUGUUAGCCAAAGAUCCAGUAAAUAAUAGCGAAGUAAUGAACGAAAGAUCCAACAGAAAUAGUGACACCAAUAAUAUCACCAAAUUUGAGUCAGCAAUGGCUAACAUCAACUAA